CAGAAACUGAUGCAAGUUCCCUUAUCUGCCAGAGCCAGUUCCUCCAUUUAAGAUGCUGACUUGUUUACGUAGACGCGACAAGUGAUUUUUUUAAAUUCAUUUUUUUUCGCAGCUCCGUUUUCCCACACUGGUGCGAGGCCUUCUCUUCUUUCUCCAUAUGCCUUCCUUGAUGGCAGGUGCAUGACCUCUGGCUCAGCUGAUUUGUGCUCACCGCACAUGCUCGGAGAGGGGCUUGACUGACUUUCUGGGUGAGGGUGGGGAGGGGGGGGGGUCAGUUUUGUUGAUGGCUGGAAGGUGAAUACUUCGGAGAGGACAGAGAGAAGGAGGAAGAAGAAGGAGAGGAGGAGGAGGAGGAGGAGAAGGGGUCAAGCAUGGAGCUAUAGGGACGCCGUGCUCAGAUGCCGGGCAGGAGGAGGACGAGGCCGCGGAGAGAAAGCAGCCGCAAUGAACAAGACCAAGAGGAAGCCCAACUGUGAGAGUCCUGGUGUGCUCAAGAGCAGGAAGUCACCGCGGCAGAAAGUGCCGCACAGACGCAACACAUGUCCCAGUCCCCAGGACAUCAGUCGGGCCCUCCAGGCCCCCUCGUCAGCCCCCAGCGCCAGCGUGGCCAGCCUGGAUGAGCUCAUACUGCGCUGCCUUGCCUGCUUUGAUUCAGAGGGGAAGCUGUGCAGCCCGCGAGGGUCCCAGAUGGUCCACAUGACGCUGAUGAUGCACAGUUGGGUGGUCUCGUCUCAGACCUUCGCCCAGAAGCUCCUCGCCUUGUACAAGGACUGCCCCCCUGACAAGAGAGGCCUGAGGCGGGGUCAAGUCUGUCACCUGGUCAGGACCUGGAUCGGCCAGUUCCCCGCCGUGUUCGAGGCCGACCCCCUUCUAGAGCAGACCAUGGGGGACCUAUGGGCGUUGGUGCGCUCGGAUAGGGAGGAGGCACAGAUCAUCGACACGUCCUGCCUAAGCCCCCACGUGAACGUGUCACAGGCCCCCUCGCCCUCCAUGAAGAAGAGGAAGGUUUCGCUCAUCUUCGACCACAUGGAGGCCGACGAGAUGGCAGAGCACCUCAGCUACUUGGAGUUCAAGAACUUCUGCAGCGUUUCGUUCCUGGACUACCGCAGCUAUGUUGUGCGCGGCUCGGUGCGGGACAACCCGGCUCUGGAGCGCUCCGUCAUGAUGUGUAACGGCGUAUCCCAGUGGGUCCAGCUCAUGAUCCUCAGCAGGCACACGGCCCAGCAGAGGGCGCAAGUCUUCACCAAGUUCAUCCACGUGGCUCAGAGACUCCGAGCCUUGCAGAACUUCAACACGUUGAUGGCUGUCACUGGAGGCCUCUGUCACAGCGCCAUCUCCCGCCUCAAAGACACGUACAACCUUUUGCCUCCUGACGUCACCAAGGCACUCAGCGAGAUGACGGAGCUCCUGUCGUCACGCAGCAACUACAGCAACUACCGCCGUCUAUACGGCGAGUGCUCCGGCUUCAAGGUGCCCAUUCUGGGCGUGCACCUCAAGGACCUGAUCUCCCUCAACGAGGCCCUGCCCGACUAUGUGGACGGCGAUAAGAUCAACCUGAGUAAACUGCAGCAUCUCCACAGCAACGUCAACGAUCUCCUGGAGCUGCACAGACUCACGCCACCGUUCGAGGCCAACAAACACUUGCUGCAUCUUUUGACGCUCUCUCUAGAUCUCUACUACACAGAGGACGAGAUCUAUGAACUCUCCUACACCAAGGAACCCAAAAACCCUAAGAUCCAGCCCGUCACUCCAGUGAAACCGCCUUUGGUGGCAGAGUGGGGGUCAGGGGUCACCCCCCGCCUGGACCCUGACACCAUAUCCAAACAUGUCAAACAGAUGGUGGAUUCCAUCAUGAAGAACUAUGACCACAAGCAAGACGGCUACAUCCCGCUGGAGGACUUUGAGAAAAUUGCCGCCAACUUCCCCUUCUCAUUCUGCACGCAGCAAACUGACAGGCAGGGUCAAAUCAGCCGAGAGGAGAUGACAUCGUAUUUCAUGCGCGGGAUGUCAGUUUGCGCCAAGCUGGGCUACAACUUCAACGAUGCGCACAACUUUCACGAGAUCACGUACAAGAGACCCACCUUCUGCGACACCUGCGGUGGCUUUCUGUGGGGGGUCAUCAAGCAAGGCUACCAUUGCAGAGGGUGCGGGAUGAACUGCCACAGACACUGCCGGGAUCUGGUGGGGAUGGAGUGCUUGAAGAAACACAAAAACACCAGCGGCUCCUGCCCGUGCACCCCCGCCCCCGACUCCCGAGCCAAGGGGAGCGUGUGGAGUACCGGUUCUGAGGAUGAGGCCUUUGUGUUCCCCCAUGGCAACGACUCAGAACACCACAAGGGCUGCGCCCCCUUUAGGAAGAGCACAGACCAUGUAGGUCUGUGGGACCGCGCCACUCAGACAGACCCUGGGGUAUGGACCCCCCAGGAGAAGAAGGAGCGCCGGGUGUACAACCACAACGCCCCUGGCCAGGCCAACACGCUGCCACCUCCCAGGAGUCGCGGGUGCUCCAUGCCCAUCUCCUUCCUGCAUGAGAAACUGGAGGAGCUUCACCUCUGCAAGGAGAAAAGCCGGGAGCCCGAUUGACCACGGGCAAAAGAUGAACUUUCCUCUUCUCAAACGGACAGCUUCAUUGUGUUUUUGCUUCCCGUUUAAAUUAAGGACACUGUCAACUUGUUGUACUCUUGUCAUGUUGUCUCUGGUGCUACAUUUCUUGGAAAUAUCACGUGAGCAGUUUCCGGAUCCAGAAUUGAGUCCAUGGAGGGAAAUGAACACUAAAGCAGAAUUCCCAUUCAUUAUUAUUAUUUUUCCUAAGUGUGGCAGCUACCACAAAAAUCUGUUCGAGGAGACAUGGAUUUUGUUUUUGACCAUUUAAAACAGUUCUCGUGUUUUAAUAUAAUUUCUGUGAUUUCUUUUGGUGAAAAUACCCCAAGGAUGAAGAAUUU